GGUUCUCAAGGCGGCCUCCCCGGUGGUCGGCGGGAGGGGUUUUGUGUUCAGUCUCUGGAAGUGCUGCGGUUUCGCGUUGCUCCUCCUGGCAGUGCGAACGGGUGGGGCGUUGGACUCUGAGCGCACCGCGGCUUCGUACAAGCCUUCUUGUUCUUCCGCGGUGCCUGUGAGUUCCUGUGUAUCCCGCAACGCUUUCGGAGCUGGUUCGGCCCUCGGCGCCCGCCGUAGGCCGCUGCCUGUCAGCUGUCGGCGCCUUUGUGAGAGGAGCGGCGGAAGCGGAGCGGGGCGCGGCGCGGCGCGGCGGCCGAGGGUGGCUGGAGCGGGAGGAAGCCCUGCUGCAGGUGCGCGGGGCUCCCGCGGCCGUCUGGCUGUGCCUGGGGCCGCUGUCCUUCCCGGCUGCGUGCCGCUGCCUCCCGUGUUUCAGCCAUGUCUGACAAAAGUGAACUGAAGGCGGAGUUGGAGCGCAAGAAGCAACGAUUAGCUCAAAUCAGAGAGGAGAAGAAAAGAAAGGAGGAAGAAAGAAAGAAAAAAGAAACUGAUCAGAAGAAAGACAUUCUUCCUGUACAAGAAGAAUCUGAUCUUGAAAAGAAGAGAAGAGAAGCUGAAGCAUUACUUCAGAGCAUGGGCUUGACACCAGAGUCUCCUGUUGUCCCUCCUCCUACCUCUCCGUCUUCCAAGUCUGUGAGUACGCCAAGUGAGGCUGGAAGCCAGGACUCUGGUGAUGGCGCUGUUGGAUCUAGGACGCUGCAUUGGGAUACUGAUCCAUCAGUUCUUCAGCUUCACUCUGAUUCCGAUUUGGGACGUGGACCUGUUAAACUUGGAAUGGCCAAAAUUACACAAGUUGACUUUCCUCCUCGAGAAAUUGUUACGUAUACCAAGGAGACUCAAACACCUGUUAUGACUCAGCCAAAGGAAGAUGAGGAAGAUGAAGAUGAUGUGGUUGCACCAAAGCCGUUAGUUGAACCUGAGGAAGAAAAAACAUUUAAAAAGGAGGAGGAGGAGGAAGCUGCCCCUCACGAACUGACAGAAGAGGAAAAACAACAAAUUUUGCAUUCUGAAGAAUUUUUAAGUUUCUUUGACCACUCCACGAGGAUUGUCGAAAGAGCCCUUUCUGAGCAAAUCAACAUUUUCUUUGACUACAGUGGAAGAGACUUAGAAGACAAAGAAGGAGAGAUUCAAGCAGGAGCAAAACUGUCCUUAAAUAGGCAGUUUUUUGAUGAACGUUGGUCAAAGCAUCGUGUUGUCAGUUGUCUGGACUGGUCAUCUCAGUACCCAGAAUUACUUGUAGCCUCUUACAACAACAAUGAGGAUGCGCCUCAUGAGCCAGAUGGGGUUGCCCUUGUAUGGAAUAUGAAGUACAAGAAAACUACCCCAGAGUAUGUCUUUCACUGCCAGUCAGCAGUGAUGUCAGCCACAUUUGCAAAAUUUCAUCCCAAUCUGGUGGUUGGUGGCACGUACUCGGGCCAAAUAGUGCUGUGGGAUAAUCGCAGCAAUAAGAGAACCCCGGUGCAGAGAACUCCACUUUCGGCUGCUGCGCACACGCACCCAGUGUACUGUGUAAAUGUUGUUGGGACCCAGAAUGCUCAUAAUUUGAUUAGUAUCUCAACUGAUGGGAAAAUAUGCUCUUGGAGUCUGGACAUGCUUUCCCAACCACAGGAUAGCAUGGAGCUGGUUCACAAACAGUCCAAGGCUGUGGCCGUUACUUGCAUGUCCUUCCCUAUUGGAGAUGUCAACAACUUUGUUGUUGGCAGUGAAGAAGGCUCUGUGUACACUGCAUGCCGUCAUGGCAGCAAAGCUGGAAUCAGUGAGAUGUUUGAAGGACACCAGGGACCGAUCACAGGUAUCAACUGCCAUGCAGCAGUUGGACCUGUAGACUUCUCACAUCUUUUUGUCACCUCUUCUUUUGACUGGACAGUAAAGCUUUGGACAACUAAGAAUAACAAACCUCUUUACUCCUUUGAAGACAACUCAGAUUAUGUUUAUGAUGUGAUGUGGUCUCCAACUCACCCUGCCUUGUUUGCCUGUGUGGAUGGGAUGGGCAGGCUUGACCUGUGGAAUCUCAACAAUGACACUGAGGUGCCAACGGCAAGCAUUACUGUGGAGGGCAAUCCUGCUCUGAACCGUGUGAGAUGGACGCAUUCUGGGAGAGAGAUUGCUGUAGGUGAUUCAGAGGGACAAAUAGUUAUAUAUGAUGUGGGAGAGCAAAUUGCCGUUCCUCGCAGUGAUGAGUGGACUCGAUUUGGUCGAACACUGGCAGAAAUAAAUGCUAACAGAGCUGAUGCAGAAGAGGAAGCUGCAACCCGCAUACCAGCGUAGAUCUUUAAAAAUAGGCAGCAGUGGUAGACCUGUGAAUGAUUUGAUGCAAAUCUUAAAACUAAGCAUGUGUCAGUUCAAAUAAUAGCUUAAGAGAGAAAUAUAUGGAUUCAACUAUGGACUUUGAAAACAUAUUAAGAUCACUGAAAAUCAGACCUUGCAUUGUCAAUUUUUAUAUAUGUCAAUUGCAAGCACAUUCUUGGAUUUGUGUAACUUUUAAUACAGUUAACUUUGACUUUGCAAGGAACUUCUUUUGUUGAAACACUAACCUGGUGUAAAUUUGCUAUUGGGCUUCUGAAAUUUCCACUUUGUAACAAAUAGCAUCUCUUUCAGAAAAUUAAAAGUUCUGUUUCUAAAUUAAACUUUCUAUAUUACACAGACUAACCUUCAUUAAGUAGUAAAUCUCUGAAGCGUUCUUUAAUUUGAACUCUUCAAAUUACCCAUGGAUAUGCAUGCAUAUAUUCCAAGUAUGUUUCAUUGUUAAUAUACAGAUAAGCCUCAGGCUCUGGUAGUGGGUAAUAUAUGUGGAUAAAAAUUUGUCUGUAGUUACAAACUUAUUUGAUAAUUGGACCUGAAUUAAUGAAAUACAUACUUAACACCAAGCUCUUUUGUUUGAAUUGGUGCAUUAAAAUGUGAGAUUUAAAUAUUGUAUCAGCACUUCUCAGCUGCCCUGACCCCUAAUCUGUGUCCCUUCAGGAGUCUGAGUGUUGAAAGUUCCUGGGAGCGGCUGCUUUCAUUUUACUAAACACAUCACAGAUUUGUUUUCUACCUGCAACCUCCAUGCUUCCUACCAUGACAAUCAACCAAAAGGAGAAAGGCUACUGUUGUCAGAUUUCUGUCUUCCAAAGGAUAAGGAACUAGGUUUUGACUUAAUUUCUACAGUAUAAUGAUUUGAAUUCUGUUAAAUACAGACUUGCUAUUAAUUUUCCGUAAGAAGUUAAAGAUGUUUUCAUUGCUGCUUAGCAUUUUUAUUGAAACAAAACCUCUCACUGGCUUGAAACAGAAUGGUUGGAAUUUCUGGUAAAGGUUAUGUUUUCUGAGUACAUCUAUCUUGGGAGACUUUAUAGUUUCCCAUCAAGACUGGUUUUGGUUUUUGGUUGGUGGUUUGUUUGGGGGUUUUGGUUUCUUCCCUGCCCCCCCCCCCCCGCCCCCUGUAAAUACUCUGACUUGUGCUAUUUAUGCACUAAACUAAGGACUAAUUAACUUGGGACUCCAGGUAUGUUUCUGGUAUUCUCAAUCUGCUACAAGCUUAUCGUUUUCCCAGAAGAGCUGUUCUAUAUGCUUAAAAAUAGGAAAUAGGUUUAUAUUCCUUCAGCAGCUUUACGUCCAGAAAUAUUAUUUUCUUCAUUGCUGAUGUUUUAAGGUGUUUUUUGGUGGUUGUUUUGUUGUUGGUUUUUUUUUUUUCUGUAUCUCUGUCUCAGUUCUGUUAUGAGCAGCUCAGAGAGACACAGGCAGAAGUAAGAGCAGUUCUCCCUUCCCAAGGUUCUCUCUCAGUGGGUCUGAAAGUGAAAUGUGCUUAGGCUUCAGUUGGUGUUGGCUUGUCAAAAGUCUCCCCCUUUUCAAUGCAAAGUCAUGCUGUUCAGUUUGACAUUUGCCUUGUAUGUUUUCCUCAACCUUAGGACAGCAGCUAUCUGUUCAGUUGAGAAACAUGCGAACUAUAUAAAGAACAGGCAUGUCAUGUGAUGACUUCUACCCUUUAGGCACAAGAAUUCUUAACAGGCAGAACAUUCUGUUGUCUUGCUGGGGUUUUGGGGUUGUUUUGUUUGUCUUUGGUGUUUUACUGAGAUUGUUAUUUCUUAUUUAAUAGUACAUUUCCUUGAGACUUAGAUUCCCAGAAAUCCAGUAGAUAAGGCUUUCUUUCAAUGGAUUGUGGCAUAAACAUGUAGGUCAUAUGGCAUUAGUUUUAUGUAAUUUCAACCUUUUAAUAAUUUUCAACAAAACUAUUCUGUAUUCAUUCCUUCUUGUGUUUUUCUCUCACAAAAUAGUUGAAUACAGGUUAAAUGUUGUAAAACCCAUACCUGCAACAUUAAGAGACUAACAGUGAUGCUAGAUACUGUAAAUGAUCAUCCUGGGGGCCACCCUGUCCAGUUUUGGAGCUGUAAGACAUACAAAUGCUCUCUGGCGUUGUAAAGUCUCCCAAGGCCUUGAUCAAGUCAGUCAACAAGCUGUGACUAAGAUUAAAUGCCAGUGGGUACCUACCAUUUUUAUGUCUAUUUAGACAAGCACAGAGCAAAAUACAUAUAUGUGGGGGAGAGUUCCUGGGAAGCCUGUCUCCAGAAAACUGCACAGAACAGGUCAUUCUUUAAAUGGGGGGGCGGAAUAAAUAAAUAAAGACAGGAAGCCUUCUAAUGGGAUGAUAUAUAUGCAUGUUGCAGAAGAGUGAUCAAACUCCCAACUUCAGUUCUCACUAAAUAUUAUUCAGCACCAAAAGAUGUUGCGUCUUGCUUAGAGGCUAGGACCGAAGGAGGGCUUGUCAGUGUUUGGUGUUCAGUUUUUAAGAAGCCAUUAUUUCUUCAUAAGCUGACUAAAACUCUUCAUAGUGGCCUGCUGUCACCUGAGCAAGAAAAUAACAGAACCUCAAAACAGCGUACACUGCUGGGAUAUGCUGUACUCCAGGAUGUUUAACCCUGAAAGAAACAUGUAAAGCUAAAGAUUGGAGGUUGUCAUGCUUCAGUAAGCAAGGCUGGAAACCCACCCAUCUCUUCUCUGGCUGUAUGGGUAGUAUAACUACCUUUCGUCUCGCACUGUCAAAAUCCAGACUCCUCUACUUCCUCUCACACUUUUGCAUUUGUAAAUUACACCAGAUAAGAUUUUUGGCAGACAUUAAGCCAGAAAUAGUUCAAGCCUUUCCUUUCUCCUCUCUUUUUGCUUAGCAUUCCACUCAACUGGAAGUCUAAAAAAAUCAGUUUUGCAUAUAAAAAGAAUAUAAAAGUAAAUCUUUCUUUUUUUCUAGAAUAGCUUAAUCUCUCAAUUGUAAAACAAUCUAAAAAUAAAGAGAAUGCCUUCAAUUUUUGUUUAAAUUUUCCAUUCUGGGAAAAAAGCACUCUGUGUAAUAAAUCCAGUAAAAAAUCUUGAGUUGGCUAACAACUGGCAAUAGAGGUAAGAUCUAUUAUACAUUCAGUAUUACUGUGUAUUUCGAGGGGAAUUCCUUGUUGCAAAGUGGUGCUGCAAAAUAAAAUACUGCAUGUGCUCAUCUAA